AGUGUAACAACAUGAUUAUGUACUACUACGACUGGUGUCUGGAAGUCGUCAAUGUCACGUUCCGAGUGCUUUUACUGCUAAUUUGUGUCAAAUUCCAACCCAUUUAAAAUGUUUAAAUUAACUUGUUCACUCGUAAACUCUUUGGGUAGUGCUUGCCUACAAUUGUCUGCCAAAGGAACCUCGUUAAGCAGUAGGACGCUCCAUAGCGCCGCCGUCCGGCUCCAGGAGGCAGCACCACGCAAAAAAGACUCAUCUGUAGCUUCCAGAGACUUUACCUACUUCCCUCCCCUGCCUGGCCAGGACAGUCCACUCAGCUGGGGUGGAAAGAAGUUUGAGGAGUUGCCCAUCCUGCACAUCAAAGCGACAUAUAAUAACACACACAUCCAGCUGACAGACUGUGAGGGCAAGUCUUUGGUCAGAACUUCGUGUGGGACAGAAGGCUUCAAGAACAUCAAGAAGUCCACCCCAGUCGCCGCACAGACCGCCGCCAUCGCCGCUGCGGCCAAAGCGACAGCUAAAGGGGUGACAUUUGUUCGUGUCAUCGUCAAAGGUCUCGGUCCAGGUCGCUUGUCGGCCAUCAAAGGCUUGGGCAUGGGAGGGUUGGAGGUGGUCUCGAUCACGGACAACACGCCCGUGCCACACAACGGCUGCCGACCACGCAAAGCCCGGAGGAUAUGAUUAAAAAAAAAAAAUGCCUAACUGUAUUUUGUUUCAAAAUGUCUUGGCCAGUGUGACAAUUAAGCAUCAAAACAUGGACACGGCCGGUUGUCAUGACGACUCAAGAAGCAGACGGCUUGAAAGCCAGAAGAACCUGCACUUGACUUUUUAUUUGAAUUAUUUACAUGACGCACUGUUACCAAAACAACAACAAAAUCAUCUUUUUGGAUGUUCAAAUAAAUAUAGCGCCGCGAGUUGAGCGUUUCUUUUUGAUAGGUUCGUUAAUGGCAGAUAAUUCUUGCAGUCAGGACGUGCAGCGAGAGACGCUUAAUGAUAAGAUUGUCCUUCAUUACCAGGAUCAAGUCAACGACACAGUCAAGAUUAAAACCAAAUAUGUGAAAAAGUACUUCUCAUGAAUAUGAAGCGAUAUAUGUCACAGGAUAUGAUUAGAUUGACAGCAUGACAGGCGUAAAUUGCACAGCAGAACGAGAUUCCAUCAGUCGACAUCACAUUGGAUCAAAUGGAAGAAUAAUACAAGAAAAAGUUGCCAUUUUAUGUGAAAGUCAUGAGGGGGCAUGAAAAAAACACCUUGGAGUGUUUCGGGGAAAAUAAAUGAGGGAUUAAUACAUUCAAUGAGAAUCAUUGUAAUCCCUCAGCAAGCCAAAGUAUUUAAAAAAAAAAA